AUGUGGGGUGGGGUGUUGGGUACCAAAACUAGCUUCACUCGGCAUAGUGGAGUGGGAGGGGCAGAAGAGGCAACAAAGUCGGAUGAGAGAAGAAGCCAACAGGACUGGUGGAGAGGUGGGAUUCAGAAGUCGAUUCUCAUAAACAACGCCAAACUGUUGAUGCUCUUUUUAGGAUGGUCAACUUAA